UGUUUGUCUCGCGUUGUGUGGACACAGCUGACCGCUGUCUGCGAGCAGGAAUAAACCAGGCUAGGCUAACAGCUCGGACAGUUAGCAGCUCACUGAGCGGGGGGACGGGUCGCACCAACCGAGCGGCACCGCGGAGGCAGGACCGGAGCCAGUCUUAUUUUUAUCCGACAUGCAAACGCCGAGUGUCGCAGCUAGCUAACGUUAGCACCAUCCCCGCGGACCAUGGCAGAACCGACGAUCAACCGACGAUAGAGAGACAAGGCGACAUCGAUAGGAAAGCGGUUCGCUUAGUUUCAAUGUUAUUGUCAAUUGAAAGCACAUUUGGUCACGAUGUCCUGCUCUGGGAACCUGGUGUGGGAUGUAAAUAAACGCCUGAUCGGAUACAACGAGCCCAACACCAUCAGGACCAACUACUUAGGUAGGAGAGAAUUUGUCCAGAGGCUUAAACUUGAAGCGACACUGAAUGUACACGAUGGCUGUGUCAACACGAUAUCCUGGAACGACACAGGCGAAUACCUCCUGUCAGGAUCUGACGACACAUUUUUGGUUAUUACGAGCCCAUACAACAAGAAGGUUAAGAAAUCCAUACGUUCAGGUCAUCGGGCAAACAUCUUCAGUGCGAAGUUCAUGCCGCACACCAACGAUCAGGAGAUCAUCUCCUGCUCUGGAGAUGGCAUCAUCUACUACACCCACACUGAGAAGAGUCCUGAGUUCAACAGACAAUGCCAGUUCACCUGUCACUAUGGGACAGCUUAUGAGAUUAUGACGGUACCAAAUGACCCCUACACGUUUCUGUCAUGCGGGGAGGACGGCACCGUGCGAUGGUUCGAUCUUCGCACGAAGACGAGCUGCAAUAAAGAAGACUGCAAAGAUGACAUCCUGAUUAACUGUCGGAGGGCAGCGACCUCUAUAUCCAUCUCUCCACUGGUGCCAUAUUAUCUGGCCGUGGGCUGCUCCGACAGCUCAGUGCGAAUCUACGACAGACGUAUGCUGGGAACCAGAACGACAGGUAACUACAUGGGCCGGGGGACGACGGGCAUGUGCGUUCGUUUUGUUCCCGCUCACCUGACCAACAAGUCGUGCCGGGUGACGUCCCUCUGCUACAGCGAGGACGGGCAGGAGGUGCUGGUCAGCUACUCCUCCGAUUACAUCUACCUGUUCAAUCCCAAAGAUGACCAGGCCCGGGAGCUGAAGGGCCCGUCCGAGGAGAGGAGGGAGGAGCUGAGGCAGCCUCCAGUGAAACGCCUCCGACUACGAGGGGACUGGUCUGACACUGGACCCCGAGCUCGCCCGGAGAGUGAGAGGGAACGAGACGGUGAGCAAAGCCCAAACGUGUCUCUGAUGCAGAGGAUGUCGGACAUGUUGUCUCGUUGGUUUGAGGAGGCCAGCGAGGCUCAGAGCAGCAGAGGAACGCGGCCACAGACACGGCCCAGAGGAACAGCCGUCCGUCCCGAGGCCUCGUCAAAUCCUCCAGCUGCCCCUGCAGGAGACUCCAGUCAGAGCCCCAGUGCCCCCGAGAGGCCUGUGAUGACAGACACUUCAGUGGAACCUGCUGCUCCUGCAGCUGCCACUGCCGCUGCUGCCCCCAUGCCUAAGUCCACCUCCUCUUCCUCCUCAGGGUCUUCAUCAACAGUUACAGCACCUCCUCCCUCCAGCUCCAUAUCAGUGGACAGUUCGGCCCCUUCGACCUCCCUCCUCAGCUCCUCCCCUGAAUCAGAGCAGAGGAGUUCGACAGAUGCGACCAGGACCCCCACGCCGGCGGCCGCGUCCACCUCAGAAGCUGCACUCUCAGAUUCCCCCUCGUCUGUGGUUAACAAACAGAUGGGAUCCAUGACUCUUGAUGAACAGCAGGGAGGAGCAGAAGCUGCAGCUCCACCUCCUGGUCAAUCUGUAUCUGCACUAGUCGUCGCCAGCAGCAGCAACGGCAGCAGCAGCAGCAGCGCUCCCUCCUCCUCCAGCUCCACCGGCACCAGUCGACCCAGUGCUGCAGAGCCGGUCAUCAGCCUACAUUACAGCUCAGAGGGAACCACCACCAGCACCAUCAAGCUUGACUUCACUGAUGAGUGGAGCAGCACUUCUGGCACUAUGGGCAGCGGAGCUCGCAAAACAUCUGAGGCUGCACAGAGCAGAGCGAGUGUGUCCACGGAGAGUUCAGCAUCAGGGCAAAUUCCCUCUGAGCCCUUGAGGCAGCAGAGUUUGCCGGCCGCCUCUGCAGAGCCACCGUGUGACGCCUCCUGCAGCUCGACGCCUCCGGCUGCGGCAGAGGGCUCCUCUCAGGGGGACAGCACGGAGAGGAGUCAGCCGGAGGGUGCGGAGGACACAUCGGGAGGCUGCAGGAGGGCGGAGCCCACCGGGGAGGGCCAAUGCGGCCCGCUCCCAUCAGAGUGGGAGGGCCAGAGUCAGCCCGCACGGGGCAACCAGGACUCUGAUGACAGCGAUGACGAUCCCAUCCUCAUCCCGUCAACGAGGCUCAGAGGACAGGGACAGAGACUUAGUACCAGAGGAUCUGCAGUAGGAGAUAGGAUGAUCAGACGCUCGGCAGCAGCUCGCAUCCAGGAGCUGUUUCGCAGGAGGAAAGAAAGAAGGGAGAUGGAGGAGAGCGAGACCCAGAACAUCAGGAGACCCUCGGUCAAGAUGGUCUACAAGGGCCACCGCAACUCCAGGACAAUGAUAAAGGAGUCGUGUUUCUGGGGCAACAACUUUGUGAUGAGCGGCUCCGACUGCGGCCACAUCUUCAUCUGGGACAGACACACGGCCGAGCACCUGAUGCUGCUCGAAGCCGACAACCACGUGGUCAACUGCCUGCAGCCGCACCCCUACGACCCCAUUCUCGCUUCUUCAGGGAUAGACUACGACAUCAAGGUGUGGUCGCCGCUGGAAGUUUCGCCAUCAUUCAACAGAGUCCUCGCUAAUGAGGUCAUAACUCGGAACGAGCUGAUGUUAGAAGAAACGAGAAACACAAUCACAGUCCCGGCCUCUUUCAUGCUACGGAUGUUGGCCUCUCUGAACCACAUCCGAUCAGAUCGACUAGAGGGCGACCGCUCUGAAGGUUCGGGUCAGGAAAACGAGGAAGAGCAGUAGCCUGCUGGGAUUUUAUUUUACAGAAAACAUCAUUUCUUCUUGCUGUAUAGCACUUGAAAACAAAAAAAAAACUGAUUUGUACAAGUAUAGUGUAGAAUACUUCCUUUCGGAAAUUAGUACAAUUUCUUGGCCCCCUUGUGUUUUUUUAAGAUCACUUUCUUACUGAUGUUUCUGUACGAGGAUAAACUGUGUGAAUGCAAAAGGAAAGGACGUCAGUAUAUACAGUAUAUAUAUAUAUAUAUAUUAUGUGUGAGAAUUACGGCGACUGGUGUGAGAGGAUGUAAAGUGCAAUAUUUUGUUAGGAGAGAGUGAACUUUGAUCAGUGUUAACGUGUGACAUUUUGAAUUUGUGGCACAAAGCUAAGAGAUGUUGAUGUGAUGCUGCGGCAGUUACGCAUGUGAACAAGGAGUUUCAGUAAAACACAUUUUGAAAAAUGUAAAAAAUUUGUUGUUUAAGAGAAAAAAAUAAGAAAAAAAGCUGUGGAUCUCUAUGACGGAGUAUUAGGGCCAUAUUUAAGAAGAAAAUAUAAAUUUCGAGUGAUAUAUUAAAAUAAUAUAUUUAAAUGAGAAACAAGUCAUAAUAUAGUCUAUAGUAUACAAGGCAAAAUAUUACAAGGAUAAAUAACAAAUUUCAAGGAAAUUACAAGCAGGUUUAACCUGUGCUCGAGUUUUAUGCCUUCAAAGUUUUGGUAUAAAAAAAAAUCUGAUAGACGCAGAUGAAAAAUCGAUUACAGCAUUCCUAAUUAUGAAUAAAAUAUUAUGACUUAAUUCUCGUAAAAUUUAGACUAUUCUAGCAAUAUUACGACCUUGUUCUCUAUCUCAGAUUUGUUUUCCUUUUUAAGUGGCUCUAAUACGCUGUUGUUUCUUCUCAAAGGGUUGUUACUAAAUUAUUAUCUUUUACAACAUUUGGAAAAAAAUAAAGCGAAAUGGCUUCUUAAA